GUUCAUUGAAUGAUUUAAUGUGAUAGUCAAUGAGGAUGCAUGAAUCCAACCGACUUCCAUAACGGUUCCAAAAAUCAACCAAGGGUAGAAGAAGUGGAAUCGAACAGCCAAAUACGACGCCUUCCAACUGACUUUGAUCGGAAUUCAGCGUGGCCGGUGCAGCAAAUCUUCAUUGGCCGUAGGUUUAAACCGGAGUUGUUAAAACGCAGCAGAUCUGUCUUUCGUUCGUCGACAUUAUUUUUGGAGAAGAAGCCGUCUCAUGUGGGACCCCCUCAUGUGUUACCCUAGAGCCCAGAAACCCGAUUAUGUUAAGCUCAGAACACUGAUCUGAAAUAUUUAUUAACAAAAAGAGAAAAGUCCAUGAAUAAUUGUGAAGUGAAACGGUGAGUAUCAUCCAACCCGGGACACGUGUCGGCCUGUCAGACACCGACUUUAUGACGUGGCGCAACAGGAGGGAGACGAACAUAUUUUUAUAUAUAUAGAUAUAGAGACAAGGAUUCAGUAUAUAAACGCCUUCCUCUCCAUCCACCUAUUUGCACAUCUCAUAUCUUUCAAUAAUUAAGUAAAACACACGUCCUAAUAAAGUUAUAAAGAUAAAAUGGCGGGAAAAGUGUGUAUGGUGAUGGCACUUAUCAUGAUAGGGUGUGUUUUACAAGCAUGCAAUGGAGCCAAUGUUGAUGAGAGCAAGCCAGCACGAGUUUCAAGACUCGUUUGCUUCACAUCCUGUUCCAUAGCCUGUGGCAAACAAAACAAGCCUUGUUACGACAAAUGCUUGACCAAAUGUGGUCUUCCACAACGACCUUCUACACCAACAUCACCUUCUACCACCGCUUGAUCUGAUCUAUUUUAUUUGUGAUUUGUGCCUUACUGCCAAUGAUGUCAUCUAUAUGCUUUUGUUUUUUUUUUGUUCAAAAAUAUG